AUGGCAAAUCGAACAGUAAAAGACGCCAAAUCCGUGCACGGUACGAACCCUCAAUAUUUAGUAGAAAAAAUCAUCCGUUCGAGAAUCUACGAUUCAAAGUACUGGAAGGAAGAAUGUUUCGCCCUCACAGCUGAACUGUUGGUAGACAAGGCGAUGGAGCUUCGCUUUAUCGGAGGCGUAUACGGCGGUAACGUAAAACCAACCCCCUUUCUUUGUCUCACAUUAAAAAUGCUUCAAAUUCAACCCGAAAAAGAUAUAGUGGUCGAGUUUAUCAAAAACGAAGAAUUCAAAUACGUUCGUGCCCUAGGAGCGUUUUACAUGAGGCUGACUGGCACCUCGUUGGAUUGCUACAAGUAUUUGGAGCCACUAUAUAACGACAAUCGUAAACUGAGAAGGCAAAAUCGACAGGCACAGUUUGAGCUUGUUCACAUGGAUGAGCUUAUUGAUGAACUUCUUAGGGAAGAAAGAGUUUGUGAUGUUAUUCUUCCCAGGAUUCAAAAAAGACACUUAUUGGAAGAGAACAAUGAAAUCGAAGCAAAAAUUUCAUCCUUGGAAGACGAUCUGGAUGAGGAAAUGGAAAUUGAAGAAGCAGAGCUAUCAAAGUAUAAGCUAGUAGAAAAUGCAAAACCAAAAGAGAAAAAAGAGAGCAGGAAAAGGGAAAGGAGCAGAUCAAAAGAGAGACAUAGAAGCCGGAGCAGGGAAAGGGAGCGGCAUCACAAGAAGGAUAAAGAAAAAGAUCGAAGGGAUAGGGAUAAAAAUAGAGAUAGGCGGGAUAGGGACAAGGACAAAGACAAAAAAAGGAGAGAUGAUGAUCGAAAACGCAGAUGA